GUGUCAUCUGUCACAAAACGUCAAAUGUGAUGUGCAAAAUUUUUUCACAUUAAAAAUGCGUUUUAAAAAAUAACAUUUGUUGUAAUUUCGCUUCGUGUGUGUCAAGAUGUCAGAUUUUAACCCGUUUGCAGCUUUAAUAGAAGAAUCCACUGUGAAAUCAGACAAUUCGACAAAAAAACAACAAAGUAUUAGCAGUAUCCUGGAAGAGAUUUUUGCAUUUACUUUAGACCCGAAAGUAAGCGAAAAGAAGCACUUUUUGUUGCUGGAGGAAGUGGCAAACACAUUUAGCCGGAAAGAUCUUGAUCUAUUAAUUCUGCAACAUGCUUUAUUUGAUCGUUUAUUUAUGUGUAAUGAGGAGAAUCCAUUCAUAAAAACUGCCAAAAAGAACUUCAGGAACACGCAUUCGUUUGAGUCGAAAGUGCUCACUUAUCUGUGCAAUUGCGUCAGGAAUUUGAACGAUGACACGAAUCUUGAAAGUGAAGAAAAAGCUAAAGUUAAGUCGUUGAUUAUUCAAAACGCUGUGACGGCUCUCAUACAGUCGGAAAUCUACGAAGGUCAAAAAUUAGAACAGCAAUUGAUUGAUAUUCUCAAAGAUAACAUUGAUAAUUGUAUCCUCUUUUUUAAAGAUGUGUGCAAGGGAGUUUUAGAUGAAGAAGAAGGAGGUGAAGCCUUCCUUAAAGAUAAACUAUCAGAAAUUUUACUGGUGUUGACUGAUGAAAUAAUUAAAUCAAAUAUCGUCACUUUUGACUAUGGCAUUUUUAAUGUUUUGAAUGUUUUCACUACUGAGGAAUAUUUAGCCAGCAUUUUUCUAGAUGUGAAACCUUUGAAGUUUAUUACUGGUUCAGAUUACGCAAAUACUCCAUUAGGGGCCAUUUUCAAUGUUUCAAUCUUACCAAAAACCCCUAAUGCUAUUUAUGAACACUUCCAGGACCCCACUGAUCAAGCUAGUAUACUUUCAGCUGAAGGAAUACUUUGGAGCAAUGUUGAUAAACUAACAGAACACACACAUGCUUUUGUCCUGAGUUUGUUAACUUGUAGUCCCCAAAUCAAAAACAAAACUCUGGAAUGGUUAGGACUUUGUAUAAAAGCCAACAUAGAUAGAGGCAAAUUGUGGAAUUCUCAGUCACCACCUGAAUUAAAUCUUGUCAAUUAUACAAGUGUCUCUGAUGGUUUUAUGAUUAAUUUUGGGAAUGUCAUGUUGAGACUAUGUCGACCAUUUUGCAACAAUUUCAAGGACAAAAAAAUACUAAAAGUUGAUCCUACUUAUUGUGCAGUUUCUGAUGAUUGUCGUUCUGAAAAAGGUGUUCAUUUGCCUGGUAUGAAUACUGAAACUUGCUUAAUCCCAAAUGAUGAAAAGUUGGUGACUGCUGAAAAGUACAAUUUUGUAACAGAGUGUUUUUAUUUUGCACAUAAAGCUAUUAAUUUGGGUUAUCAAGUCACUGUGGAUAAAUUGGUGCGCUUAAACCACGAAGUGGGGCGAAUGGAACGGGCCUAUUUGGAUGCUGUGGCACAAGCGGCAGGAAAUAGCGAUUUAGUUGAUAGUUUAAAAAGAAGAAUGACUCAACAGCUGACCAAAUAUUUAUCCUUGAAAGCCCAAUUAUCGGAUCCUGUUUUGUUAAAUUUAUUAUUCGAUUUUGUAUCAACAUCCACUUAUUGGCUUUGUCAAGUCGCUGUUAAAGUCAAUUUCGAUCAACAAAAAACGUUUGCACCUUUAGACGAAUUACAAAUUUGUUUUCCGUUACCUGACAUUAUUCCAAAUAGCCUAAAAAGCAUUCCAGAAUUUAUCAUUGAAAAUAUUGUAUGUUAUUUGGUGUUUUUGAGACGUUUUAAUCCGAAAAUUUUUGAAGAGCAAGGAUACGAAAAAUUGAAACCGUUAUUGGAUUUUAUUUUGAUUUAUAUGGGAUCACCGGAACGUUUGAGAAACCCCCAUGUGAGAGCAAGACUUGCAGAGGCAUUAGAGUCUCUUUUACCACGUCAUGAUGACGAACCAUCGAGUUUUAACGCAUUUGGGGGCUUCCAACGCGAAAUGUUGUUUACCCAACACGAACAUCGAAGUGAGAUUGUGAGCAGUUUGUUGAAAGUGUUUGUUGGGAUUGAAAUGACGGGACAAAGCGUCGAAUUUGAACAAAAAUUCAAUUACAGGCGUCCUAUGUACACAGUGAUGGACUAUUUGUGGACCAAGGAGGAAUUUAAAACACAUUUUAAGAUUUUGGCUCAGGAAGCCGAGAAAAAUAUGGACGCAAUGACACCUCCGCUAUUUCUCCGAUUUGUCAAUCUUUUAAUGAACGAUGCGGUUUAUUUAUUGGAUGAAGCAUUUACCAAUAUGGCAAAGUUGAAAGAGAUGCAAACAGCGCGUCAAAAUGGUGAAUGGGACUCGUUACCGGCUCAAGAACGUACUCAAAAUUUGGGUUACAUGCAUCAUAUUGGUAUGAUUGCAAAAUUUGAUAAUAUUUUGGGGAGGGACACGAUUAAAACUUUGGAGAAAUUGACGUCGGAAAUAACGAUAGUUUUUACACAUUCUACAAUGGUCGAUCGUGUCGCAGCUAUGCUCAAUUAUUUCUUAUACAAUUUAGUUGGUCCUAAGAAAAAAAAUUUCAAGGUGAAAGAUUCGAAAGAGUAUAGUUUUGAUCCAGCAACAACCGUUUUGAAUAUUUGCAAGAUUUAUGUCAAUUUGAAAGAAAGUAGUUCGUUUUGUUUGGCUAUUUCCCAGGAUGGUCGUUCUUAUAGUCCCCAGUUGUUUACUUUAGCUGAGGAUGUUUUAAUUCGGAUUGGUGGAGGGUCUCUUAUUGGUGAAUUAAAAGAAGUUGCAAUGCGUGUUGCUGAGAAAGUGCAAGAACAGCAAGCUAGUGAAGAGGCGAUUGCCGAGGCGCCUGAACAUUUCUUGGAUCCUAUUAUGUCUACUCUUAUGACCGAUCCUGUGAUUUUACCCAGUUCAAAACAAACGGUUGAUCGUACUACUAUUGCCAGGCAUCUUUUAAGCGACCAAACUGAUCCUUUUAAUCGUGCACCCUUGUCAAUGGAUCAAGUUAUACCGAAUACGGAAUUAGCUGAGGAAAUUCGAAAAUGGAUGAACGAAAGGAAAAAUAAAUAAAUGAUUUUCGUUAUUGUGAAAUAUUUUUAAAUAAAGUUUUAAUAAAGAUUGGUUUACAAAAA